GUUCAUCAUGGCUGCCGUAUGUACUAGUCUGCACAGUAACGCUCUGCUCGGAGACUGACUCUCCGCUCCUUUAGUGCCUCACAUUUACUUUCUCCGCCUCGACAUUUCGGCAAAUAAUCCCGCUUGCAUGAGCCCAAACCUCCCUGGUUGUGUUGUCUCAUAAUAACCAGCCUUCAUCAAGCAUUUCGUCGGGCCUUAAACACCCCCUUAAAAAGACAGAGAGAAAAACAGGCAACAUUUUGUUUCUCCAAUGGUCUGAAUACACUUUCCGCCUUUAUGAACCAUGUGUGAGAACUGCGCCGAGCUGCUGGAGGUGCUCAAUGAGAUCUCGGAUGCAGACAGCUCAGACGGCCUGCAGCUGAAGAAGGAGCAUGCCUUAAGAGUCUUCACUUACAUCAGCACAUGGACACAGAGGCAGUGUCUGUGCUGUUUCAAGGAAUACAAACACCUCGAGGUGUUCAGCCAAUUGGUUUAUGCCCUCAUUAACUUGGUCAUUGUCCAAGUAACCAACCUUAGGGACCGUCUACACAGUGGCAAUGGCAACACUAGGACAGAGGGGGCGGAGUCCGAAUGGGGCUCCGCCCAGCCACAGCCAUCGCCCAGUGAGGACGAGCCGCUGAAUGUGGAACGGGACUCGGCUGAAGAGGACGGUGGAGUGGAGGAUGGAGAUCAGCACAAGAACCAAAAUGAGGGGGUCAAACCGGAUUCCCAGCCCAAGCUCAGUGAACCCACAGCGGGCGAGAGCGGGAACGACAGCGGCCUGGACCCGUUUGCAUCCUGGAGCACAGAAGACCAGGAGAAACUGCUGCUGUGUGCUGCCAAGAUCUUUCAGAUCCAGUUCCCUCUGUACACAGCCUACAAACACAACACACACCCCACUAUAGAGGAUAUCUCAGCACAAGAGAGCAAUAUCCUCGGCUCUUUCUGUGAUAUGAAUGAUGUGGAGGUCCCUCUGCACCUGCUGCGAUAUGUGUGUAUGUUCUGCGGGAAGCACGGCCUCUCUCUGAUGAAGGACUGCUUUGAGUUCGGCGCUCCUGACACUCUCCCCUUCCCCAUCGCACAUGCCUUCAUCACCAUCGUCUCUAAUAUCAGAAUAUGGUUGCACAUUCCCGCUGUGAUGCAGCACAUCAUCCCGUUUCGCACUUAUGUUAUCAGGUAUCUGUGUAAGUUGUCGGAUCAGGAGCUGCGUCAGAGCGCGGCGCGUAACAUGGCUGAUCUGAUGUGGAGCACGGUGAAGGAGCCGCUGGACAGCGCGCUGUGUUUUGACAGAGAGAGCCUGGAUCUGGCCUUCAAAUACUUCAUGAGUCCAACGCUCACCAUGAGACUGGCCGGCCUGAGCCAGAUCACGAAUCAGCUGCACACCUUCAAUGACAUUUGUAAUAACGAGUCCCUGGUGUCUGACACUGAGACGUCGAUAGCAAAGGAACUCGCUGACUGGCUCAUCAACAACAAUGUUGUGGAGCACAUAUUUGGACCAAAUUUGCACAUUGAGAUCAUUAAACAGUGCCAAGUGAUCCUGAACUUCCUGGCAGCCGAGGGCAGGCUGAGCACUCAACAUGUGGACUGCAUAUGGGCCGCCGCUCAGCUGAAACACUGCAGUCGCUACAUCCAUGACCUGUUCCCCUCGCUCAUAAAGAACCUGGACCCUGUUCCUCUGCGACACGUGCUUAGUCUGGUGUCAGGGUUACACCCCAGCGCACACACCGAACAGACACUGUAUUUGGCGUCCAUGUUGAUCAAGGCCUUGUGGAAUAACGCUCUGGCAGCCAAAACUCAGCUGUCCAAACAGAGCUCUUUCGCCUCUCUGCUCAACACCAACAUUCCCAUGGGCAACAAGAAAGGUUCUCCUGCAGGAAGCCCAGAGAGCAGUGACAACAGCGACACGCAUCACAGUGGAGGAAGUGACAUGGAGAUGGACGAGCCGAUCAUGAGCAGUGGAAAACGAGGGCAGCAGAGGCUGUCGGACACGGAGGAGUCUCUGCAGGGCAGCUCUGAUGAGACGGCCAACAGCGGCGAGGAGGGCAGCAGCAGCGGCCGCAGCGAGGCAUCCAGCAAUGAGGCUGGAUCCAGCCGAGCCAGCCAAUCAGCAGGCAGCCCGGGCAGCGAGCUGCACUCCGACGACAUGGCUGACAGCGAGGCCUUGAAGGAGGAGGAAGAGGAGGAGGAAGAAGAAGAGGACGAUGACGAGGAUGAUGAAGACGAGGACGAUGAAGACGACAGGCCCGCUGUCGUCUCCGAGGGCAGCCCGCAGAAAGACACCAGAGACUCCAGAGAGCCGUCUACGUCAGAGCUGCGCAAACGCAAAGCUGGUGAAGCACUCGGAGAGGUCCAAGGUCCUCCGGAGCGACCCGGAAUUCCGCCCGGCAUUCCCGGCUCCAUCGCCUCCGCUCCCGGACUUUCCAAAACCAAAUCCAUUCCUUUCACCCCAGAGGCAGCCGCUGCCAUUGUAGCCUCGUCUUCUUCCCUUAGGAUCCUCGAGCCUUGCUCUUCUUCAUCCGUGUGCCUGGAGGGAACGUCGGGAGAGCAGGCUGAUUCCCAAUCCCAGAACCCCCAGCAACCACAGCAGGGUGGCACAGAGAUGGGCUCCUCACACGGAGCGUCUGUUUCCCAGGAGCCGCCCUGCAUGCCUCGACCAGCAGACUUCCUGACGGAGGCUAUGGGCAAUGAGCUCUUCAACUGCAGGCGUUUCAUCGGCCCUCAGCAUCACCAUCAUCGUCACCACCAUCAUCAUCAUCAUCAUCACCACCACCAUGAUGGUCACAUGGUAGAGGACAUGCUGAGCGCUGAUGACGUGAGCUGCAGCAGUUCUCAAGUCAGCGCCAAAUCCGAGAAGAACAUGGCGGAUUUUGAUGGAGAGGAGUCUGGCUGUGAGGAGGAGCUGGUCCAGAUCAACUCGCACGCAGAGCUCAGCUCGCACCUGCAGCAACACCUGCCUAACCUGGCCUCCAUAUACCACGAACAUCUGGUGCAAGGUCCGGCGGUGCACAAACAUCAGUACUCUGCGCACGCGGUGACCGACAUCAACCUGGACAACGUCUGCAAGAAAGGCAACACCCUUCUGUGGGACCUGGUCCAAGAUGACAAUGCGAUCCACCUAUCAGAAGGCUUGAUUAAUGAGGCAGAGAAGCUGUUGUGCUCUCUGGUCUGCUGGUUCACUGACCGUCAGAUCCGCAUGCGUUUCAUCGAGGGCUGUCUGGAGAACCUCGCCAACCACCGGUCAGUGGUGGUGUCUUUGCGUUUGCUGCCAAAGCUCUUCGGGACCUUCCAGCAGUUCGGCUCCAGCUACGACACUCACUGGAUAACCAUGUGGGCGGAAAAGGAACUGCACAUGAUGAAGCUCUUUUUUGAUGAUCUGUUACACUAUAUCCAGGAAGUGAGAGAGCAGCGCCACAAAUUCGCUCUGUACAGUCACAGUGCAGAGGUGCAGGUGCGUCUGCAGUUCCUCACCUGUGUGUUCUCAACGCUCGGAUCACCUGACCACUUCAGGUUGAGUCUGGAGCAGGUGGACAUCCUGUGGCACUGUUUAGUGGAGGACUCUGAGUGUUACGACGACGCCCUGCACUGGUUCCUAAACCAGGUCCGCAGUAAAGACCAGCACGCCAUGGGCAUGGAGACAUACAAACACCUCUUCCUGGAGAAGAUGCCUCAGCUGAAGCCGGAGACGAUCAGCAUGACGGGACUCAAUUUGUUUCAGCAUCUGUGCAAUCUGGCUCGUCUGGCCACCAGCGCCUACGACAGCAGCUCCAACUGCGAGUUGUGUGGUAUGGAUCAGCUGUGGGGAAUCGCGUUGAGGGCUCAGUCUGCAGACAUCAGCCGCGCUGCCAUCCAGUACAUCAACUCCUAUUACAUCAGCGGUAAAACGGGUCUGGAGAAGGAGCAGGAGUUCAUCAGUAAGUGUAUGGAGAGCUUGAUGAUGACGUCUGCUAACCUGGAGAAAGACGCCCACUCCAGCCUGACCAUCAUAGAGAGAGGACUGCUGCUGCUCAAAACACACCUGGAGGCCUUCAGACGCAGGUUUGCGUAUCACCUGCGGCAGUGGCAGAUCGAGGGCACGGGCAUCAGCAGUCAUCUGAAAGCUCUCAGUGAUAAACAGUCUCUCCCGCUCAGGAUCGUGUGUCAGCCAGCAGGACUGCCUGACAAGAUGACCAUCGAGAUGUACCCCAGCGAUCAGGUGGCUGAUCUGAGGGCAGAGGUCACGCACUGGUAUGAGAAUCUUCAGAAGGAUCAGCUCAGCCAGCAGGCACAGCUGCAGGAGUUCGGUCAAACCAGCCGCCAGCAGGACUUCCCAGCUUUUGGGGGAUCUGACGGUUUGUGCUGGAAGGAUCUGUUGAGGAUCAAGAGCCCUCAUAAGCUGCUCUACGCUUUAGAAAUCAUAGAGGCCCUCGGCAAACCCAACCGCAGGAUUCACCGCGAGUCUACGGGCAGUUACAGUGAUCUGUAUCCAGACUCUGACGACUCCAGUGAGGAACAGAUCGAGAACAGCAAGAACACUUGGAGCUGUAAGUUUGUGUCGUCUGGAGGUCUUCAGCUUCUGCUGGACAUUUUUAACUCUGCAAUUUUAGAGCCGAAAGAGCAAGAGUCCUGGACUGUGUGGUUGUUGGACUGUCUCGCGUGUCUGCUGAAGCUCAUUUGUCAGUUUGCGGUGGAUCCGGCCGAUCUGGACCUGGCCUAUCAUGACGUUUUCGCCUGGUCUGGUCUCACGGACACACAGAGGAAGAGGGCGGCGUGGCCAGGGAAGUCCCGCAAAACCGCCGGGGAUCAUGGGAAGGGCCUGCAUAUACCUCGUCUCACAGAGGUUUUUCUAAGUCUUGUUCAAGGCACCAACCUCAUCCAGCGGCUCAUCAACGUGGCCUACACAUACGACAAUCUGGCACACAGGGUUUUAAAGGCUCAAUCAGAUCACAGAUCCAGACACGAGGGUAAGCACAUCAUUGGUUAUGUAUAUGUGACCCUGGACCACAAAACCAAUCAUAAGGGUCAAUUUUUCGAUUUAUACAACUAUUUGAAAAUCUGGAAUCUGAGGGUGCAAAUGGACGCUCUGGCGCGACACCUCGCCGACUGCAUCCGCAGGUCAAACAUGCUCCUUUUGCUUGGAUUACGGCAUCAGUUUCCUUAUGAACCCGUAACUUACCCCUUCAGAGCGCAAACCACAAGCAAACAAACUUUUUUAGUUUAAAUGGAAAAUCACUGGUAACAUUAUGCUACUAAGAAAGUAACUGAGCAAAAAUGCACCAUUUAUCUUUCUAAAUACUGAGCAUGUUGUUGUUUUUCCACUUGCAGUCGUGAGAUUUUGGACCAGCAGGACGGGGCGAUCGAGGACGACGGUCUGACGGGUCUCCUGCGUCUCGCCACCAGUGUCCUGAAGCACAAACCUCCCUUUAAGUUUUCUCGGGAGGGUCAGGAAUUCCUCAGGGACACGUAUGACCUGCUGUUCCUGCUGCCCAGCCUGAAGGACCGACAGCAGCCCAAAUGCAAGAGUCCCGCGGCCCGCGCCGCGGCCUACGACCUGCUGGUGGAGGUGGUCAAGGGUUCGGUGGAGAACUACAGACUGCUGCACAACUGGGUCAUGUCGCAGCACAUGCAGGCGUCUCAUGCUCCGUAUAAAUGGGAUUACUGGCCUCAUGAUGAUGUCAGAGCCGAGUGCCGUUUUGUGGGAUUGACUAACCUUGGCGCCACGUGUUACCUGGCCUCCACCAUUCAACAGCUCUACAUGAUCCCAGAGGCCAGACAGGCCGUCUUUACUGCUAAAUAUUCAGAGGACAUCAAGCAUAAGACCACAUUGCUGGAGCUGCAGAAGAUGUUCACUUAUCUAAUGGAGAGUGAGAGGAAGGCGUAUAACCCUCGUCCCUUCUGUAAGACCUACACGAUGGACAAACAGCCUCUGAACACAGGAGAGCAGAAAGACAUGACCGAGUUCUUCACAGACCUCAUCACCAAGAUAGAGGAGAUGUCUCAGGACCUGAAAAACACAGUCAAAACGCUGUUUGGAGGCAUCAUCACCAACAAUGUGGUUUCACUGGACUGUGAUCACGUGAGUCAGACGGCUGAGGAGUUUUACACAGUCAGAUGUCAGGUGGCCGAUAUGAAGAACAUCUAUGAGUCUCUGGACGAAGUGACCAUUAAGGACACUCUGGAGGGGGAUAACAUGUACACCUGCUCUCAGUGUGGGAAGAAAGUCCGUGCUGAAAAACGGGCUUGUUUUAAGAAGCUCCCGCGGAUCUUGAGCUUUAACACCAUGCGCUAUACAUUCAACAUGGUGACCAUGAUGAAGGAAAAAGUAAACACGCACUUUUCUUUCCCGCUGCGGCUCGACAUGACGCCGUACACCGAGGACUUCCUCAUGGCCAAGGGAGACAGGAAGGAAGGUUUCCGUGACGACAGUGAUGCCAAAGUGGCGGAGAGUUACGAGUAUGACCUCAUCGGUGUGACGGUGCACACGGGCACGGCGGACGGCGGCCAUUAUUACAGCUUCAUCAGGGACAUCGUCAACCCGCACGCUUACCGCAAUAACAAGUGGUACCUGUUUAACGACGCUGAGGUGAAGUCGUUUGAUUCGGCUCAGCUGGCCUCAGAAUGUUUUGGUGGAGAGAUGACGACAAAAACAUAUGACUCUGUCACAGACAAGUUCAUGGAUUUCUCCUUUGAGAAGACCCACAGUGCCUACAUGCUGUUCUAUAAGAGAGUGGAGGUGGAGGAGGAGAAUGAGAAGGACUUGAACUUUGACAUUUCUCCUGACCUUCUGGAGUGGAUCUGGCACGACAACAUGCAGUUUCUCCAGGACAAGAACAUCUUUGAACACACGUACUUUGGUUUUAUGUGGCAGCUGUGCAGCAGUAUUCCCAGCACUUUACCCGAUCCGAAAUCCGUGUCGCUCAUGACGGCUAAGCUCAGCACAUCGUUUGUUCUGGAGACAUUCAUCCACUCCAAAGAAAAGCCCACAAUGCUGCAGUGGAUCGAACUCUUGACCAAACAAUUUAACAAUAGCCAAGCUGCCUGCGAGGUAACACACACACACACAAACACACUUUACAUCUAUCACCUGUACCUGCAGCCGGGCAUGGAGGACGGCUCUGAUGAUAUGGACGGGCCGGUGGAGGACAUCGGCAGCCGCUCGUGUGUGACGCGGUUCGUCAAAACGCUGCUGUCAAUCAUGGAGCACGGAGUGAAGCCGCACAGCAAACAUCUGACUGAAUACUUUGCCUUCCUCUAUGAGUUUGCCAAAAUGGGAGAAGAGGAGAGUCAGUUCCUCUUGUCUUUGCAAGCCAUUUCUAUAAUGGUGCAUUUCUACAUAGGCACUAAAGGACCUGAAAAUCCUCAGGUGGAGGUGUUAUCUGAGGAGGAGGAGGAGGGUGAGGAGGAUGAAGAGGAGGACAUCCUCUCACUGGCGGAGGAGAAGUACAGGCCAGCCGCUCUUGAGAAGAUGAUCGCGCUCAUAGCUCUGCUGGUGGAGCAGUCCAGAUCCGAGAGACACUUGACUCUGUCUCAGAGUGACAUGGCCGCACUGACCGGAGGAAAAGGUUUCCCCUUCCUGUUCCAGCACAUCAGAGACAGCAUCAACAUCCGACAGACUUGCAACCUCAUAUUCAGCCUCUGCAGAUACAACAACCGCCUGGCUGAACAUAUCGUGUCAAUGCUGUUCACCUCCAUCGCUAAACUGACUCCAGAGGCGGCAAAUCCGUUCUUCAAGCUGCUGACGAUGCUGAUGGAGUUUGCUGCAGGUCCUCCGGGAAUGCCCUCGUUUGCGUCCUACAUCCUGCAGAGGAUCUGGGAGGUGAUCGAGUAUAACCCGUCUCAGUGUUUGGACUGGUUGGCCGUUCAGACUCCGCGUAAUAAGCUGGCUCACAGCUGGGUCCUGCAGAACAUGGAGAACUGGGUGGAGAGGUUUCUGCUGGCGCACAACUACCCACGAGUCCGAACAUCUGCGGCGUAUCUGCUGGUGUCUCUCAUCCCGAGCAACUCCUUCCGUCAGAUGUUCCGCUCCACACGCUCUCUUCACAUCCCCACGCGGGACCUCCCACUGAGUCCCGACACCACCGUGGUUCUGCACCAGGUCUACAACCUGCUGCUGGGCCUGCUGGGCCGGGCCAAGCUCUACGUGGACGUGCCGGUGCAUGGGACCACCAAACUGGUGCAGUACUUCAGCUUCAUGACCUACUGCCUCAUCUCCAAAACCGAGAAGCUCAUGUUCUCCAGCUACUUCAUGGACCUCUGGAACCUCUUCCAGCCUAAGUUAUCAGAGCCAGCCAUCGCCACGAAUCACAACAAGCAAGCGCUUCUGUCCUUCUGGUAUAACGUCUGCAUGGACUGCAGCGAGAACGUGCGUCUCAUCGUCCAAAACCCAGUCGUCACAAAAAACAUCGCCUUUAACUACAUCCUAGCCGAUCACGAUGAUCAGGAGGUGGUGCUGUUCAACCGCGGGAUGCUGCCGGCGUAUUACGCCAUCCUGCGCAUGUGCUGUGAGCAGUCGCCCACCUUCACCCGCCAGCUGGCCUCACACCAGAACAUACAGUGGGCCUUCAAAAACCUCACGCCCCACGCCAGCCAGUACCCAGGGGCGGUGGAGGAGUUGUUUAACCUGAUGCAGUUGUUUGUGGCUCAGAGGCCUGAUAUGAGAGAGGAAGAGCUGGAGGACGUAAAGCAGUUCAAGAAGACCACCAUCAGCUGUUACCUGCGCUGUCUGGACGGACGCUCCUGCUGGACCACUCUCAUCAGUGCCUUCCGUAUUCUGCUGGAGAACGAUGAGGACAGACUGCUAGUGGUGUUCAACAGAGGCCUCAUCCUCAUGACUGAGUCCUUCAACACCCUGCACAUGAUGUACCAUGAGGCUACUGCGUGUCAUGUGACCGGAGAUCUAGUGGAGCUGCUGUCCAUCUUCCUGUCUGUUUUAAAGGCAACGCGACCCUACUUACAGCGCAAAGAUGUGAAGCAGGCGUUGAUCCAGUGGCAGGAGAGGAUUGAUUUUGCUCAUAAGCUGCUGACGCUGCUGAACUCUUACAGCCCACCGGAGCUGCGUAACGCCUGUCUGGAUGUGCUGAAGGAGCUGGUGCUCUUGAGUCCUCAUGACUUUCUGCACACGCUCGUGCCCUUCCUGCAGCACAACCACUGCACUUACCACCACAGCAACAUCCCCAUGUCGUUUGGCCCGUAUCUGCCCUGUAGAGAGAAUAUCAAGCUGAUGGGCGGAAAGAACAACAUUCGACCUCCCAGACCGGAGCUCAACAUGUGCCUGCUGCCCUCGAUGGUGGAGACCAGUAAGGGUAAAGAUGAGGUGUAUGACAGGAUGUUGUUGGACUACUUCCUGUCGUAUCAUCAGUUCAUUCACCUGCUCUGCAGAGUUGCCAUCAACUGUGAGAAGUUCACUGAGACUCUGGUGAAACUCAGUGUGUUGAUAGCAUAUGAAGGACUUCCUCUACACCUGGCUCUCUUUCCAAAACUAUGGACAGAACUUGCUCAGUCUCCGUGUGCGAUGGCUCAGUCGUGUGUGAAGCUGUUGUGUGAGGAUCCAGCGUUUGGAGAAUACAUGAAAUGCAUCCUGAUGGACGAGAGAAACUUCCUGAACAACAACAUCGCCUACUCCUUCCUCACCUGCUUCUUACAUAAAGUGCAGGUGCAGGUGUUAUCAGGCCAAAGCUGCUCGAAUCUCGUCAACGUGUUGGUGACCAACCUACUGAACGAGUACCACAGCCUGCAGCCUGAGCUGACCAAUCAGAGAGCAGAGUUGAGCAAGACCAGCAGCCUCCUGAAUGCAGAUCUGCGUGCACUGCUGCUGGUGCUGUCAGUUUACGCCCCUCAGCAGCUGGAUCCUGCUUUAGGUCCGGCUCUACAGGAGCUGCUGUCCAAAUGCAGACUGUGUCUGCAGCACCGCACCACUUUAGAGAUAGAGGCCAAGGAACGCAAAGCCAAAGUGGAAGAGGAAGGUGUCACUCCAGUGAAGCGCCGGCGGGUGAGCAGCAGUGCUGAAGAUCGGCCGGCAGACACCGUCUGUCCUCCAUCUGCUUCCUCCUCAUUGGCUCCCUGCUCGGAGCAGAAGGCGGAGCCAGGGGAGGCGUUAACGCCCACCAGCACUUCGGACACCGAAACCCGAGACUCCUCCCUCAUCGACCCGGGAGUGGAAAACGACCCACCCUCUCCUGACAGUGCGUCCCUCGAGGAGAAGAAAAUGGAUAUUUCUUCUUCAUCAUCAUCUUCGUCAUCAUCCUCCUCCCUUCCUGAAGCGUUUGGCCGAGCGGACGAACCUCCACCGCAGAGAGCUGAAAGAGAGGAGGAGGAAGAGGAAGAUGGGCGGAAGGAAGUGCAAGAGCAGGAGGCGGAGCCAGAGCGAGAGGAAAUACCCUCCACUUCCUCCUCCUCCUCCUCCUCUGCUGACUCUGUGCUUUUACUCUCCAGCCUGCCGGAUGCUGCCGAGGGGCGGAGCUGCUCGCUUCAGGAGGCGGAGUCAGGCGGGUGUGGCCACGCCCCCAUGCAGGAUGCUCUGGAGAUGCUGUCACGCACAGUCGAGGCCACGAUUGCUGUGGUUGCCAAACUUUCGAACGGGAAAGGAGGGACACGCCCCUCAGCUUUGUGACGUUACUAUCACAUCCCUCCUCUUUCGCAUUUCACAUUUUCAUGUUCGCUAUGCUGUUCAGUUUUGUCUUUUUAAGAGUAGUUGGACAUAGUAAUUGAAGUCCAACUUUUUUUUUUUUUUUCCCCCGCUCUUUGGCCUCGCUCUUUAUCUGUUUUAGGUUGCAACACAAAAAGUUCAGUUUUCGGGUUCCAGAAAACUGAGCUCUGCAUUAAUUGUACAGAACGAAAAAAAAACAACCGGAGCGUAUUUUUGUCAAAUGGCAGUUUUUUCUUUUUUAAACCGUGAUUUUGUUGGUUUCUUUGUUUUGAAGUGGUUUGUUUUCAAGGCUGCAGUGAAACGGGGAAAAGGUUUACAA